UACAAUGAGAACAAAAGUAGAAAAGAAAGGAAUUGGGUCCCAAAACAACUCAAUCUAGCCAAAAUUCACUCGCAGACAAACACGCCCUUACGCAAACCACACACAUACGACAUAACGGAACCCAAAUAGGUAAAAAUAGAUACCAGUUUCACAGUUUCCCCGCCAUAUAUAUUUCUAUAUAUAUCUACCUAUCUAUAUAUAUAUAUAUAUAUAUAUGUGAAGAGUACUAUUCAUUAAUGCGUCUACGCUUUUCGGUACUGCUUUGUUCGUUGCUUCAGUACUCGUCCUUCUCUCCUUUCGGGGCGAGCGUCUCUGGGACUGCAAUUUUGGCAGCUCCAAGUGUUCGACGAAAUGCCUGAACGAUGCUGUCGCUUAUCACCUCCACCAAUCAACUCAUCGUCUCGCCCCUCUUCGUCCGAGAUUUGAACUUUCCCGCCAUUUCUUCUCUUGCUUCCUUGGUCAGUCCAAGAAGAAGUCUUCUUCCACGGCGGCGAGGACCGGAGGCCGCGUGUUUCCAGCUCGUUACGGCGAAGCAAAGUGGUUCUUUGAGGUUUCUGGAUUGGAGGAGGAGACGUUACGGGAGUUCUUGGUGUUGUUGGUGUAAGGAUUGGGAAAGUGAAGGGGACUUGGCGUUGGAGGCGGAGAUUUUGGAGUUCAUGGAGAAUUCAAAGAAGCCGGCGGUGUUUCCAACGAAGAAAGAGCUGGUGGAUGGGGGGAGGAUGGAUUUGGUGGAGGCCAUUGUGACGAGAGGUGGUUGGCUGUCUCUUGGUUGGGAUUCGGAUGGUGAUUAUGAUGAAGAUAAGGUUCAAGAGGCAAGAAAUUGGGAUGGUGGUGUUUUCGAUGGUGUUAAUAUUGGGGAAUUCAAUCAGAGGGUUGAGAGUUGUCAGGAGAGUAACUCUUUUGACAGGGCUGAAGAUGGGUCUUUUGAAUUUUCUUCUGCUUCUGUAAAUUGCUCCGAGUCCGCUUCACCUUCUGGUAGCUCACUGGAACUAGGAAUUGAUGAAGAUACUGGGAUUGAGGGAAUAUUAGGUCGUUUGGAGAAGCAGAGAAAUUUGGUUUUUGGCAUUAAUUUGGCGAAAAGAGGAGAUAGUACUCAUAUUUCGAGUAGAAAUGAUGAAGGUGACCUGCAUUUUGAUGCCCAUACGGAUGCGGGGGGCAAGCUUAGCCAUAACAGAAAUGUCUCAGAUUGUGAUGGUUCAAAAAACUCACUUAAGCCAGAAAUGUGGAGAACUUGGAGCAUUCAGCGGGCAGGAUUUUCAAAUGUAGAAUUUGAAGCUGGUGAAAUAUCUUUCGAUGAAAACCAAAUGGGUGUGGAAAAGGAUGCUUCUGAAGCUUUAGACGGACGAAAAAAUAUAGAUCACAGUCAUAUACGAACUCGCAUUCAGCACAUGGAGCUGGAGCUUGCCUCUGCACUUCGCUUAUUGCAAUCUAAGAGUGAGGAAUUGAUUUCAAAAGAGGGCCAUGGAAGCUCCUCCAAUAAUUUACGGAAGCUUUCUGAUGCUUGGGAGUUCCAGGAAACUGAGAUCAUGAAUGGCCAGGACAGAUUGCGGUCAAUACGUGCAAAGUUGGCAGUUUUAGAAGGGAAGAUGGCGCUAGCAAUAAUUGAUGCACAAAGGAUGGUGGAAGAGAAGCAGAAGAGGGUUGAUGGUGCUCGUCGAGCUUUACAACUUCUUCGUACUACCUUCAUAGUUUGGCCUAAUUCAGGCUCAGAGGUCCUAUUAACUGGAUCUUUUGAUGGUUGGACCACUCAGAGAAAGAUGGAGAAAUCAAGUAAAGGUAUUUUCUCAGUGUGCCUGAAGUUGUAUCCGGGUAGAUACGAGAUUAAGUUCAUUGUUGAUGGCACAUGGAAGACUGAUCCUCUACGCCCUGUAGUUCGAAACAAUGGGUAUGAGAAUAACCUGGUUGUCGUCACUUAAAUGCACACAAUAGGCAUGCAACCUCUUUUUAUCUGAAGAGGGGACAACAGUUAAAAGAGGAUGGGUAUGUUCUGCAGGAUAUUUGUAGCCAUCAGAAGCUGUUGGUUGAUGAUAAUUUUCUCUAGAUUAUUUUGGCAUAGCAAAUUGGUAUAUGUAGCCACCUUUGUAUUUUUCUUUUAUUCUCUUUUCUUUUCUUUUUUCAUUUUUUUUUUUUUAAAUGUAAAAUCUUGUAUUCAAAAUAUUAUCAGAUUCAAACCUUUCAAAAAAAAAAAAAAAAAAAAAAAAAAUUAUCUGGUAUCAUUACUGCUAUUUGUUCCUUUAGGUUAGAAGAAAAUAUUAGAAUAAGGAUGAAUUAUUUUGUUAACUUUAUAAAGUUUGCUUUAACUCUU